AUGUCGCCUAUCAGCGCUUCAACACCCAUGCAAGCACCACAAUUGGUACUGAAAGUGUCACCUACUCCAAGUGAGCAUACGAUACCGCUGGUAUUACAACCACAGACAACGUGGAAGAAUUCGGAGCGUAUUGCGCAGUUCGUAGCGAAUAUGACGAGUGCCGUCUUGGUAAUCGCAAUUGCUAGCUAUUAUCUGGUACCAAUGACUACACUUGCCAUAAUUGAGACACCACGUCUUGCUGCACAGAUACACUCUCAUGCAGCAUGGACAGCAGGAAAUGUCUUGGUCGUGCUUAUGGAUGGGUGGAAGGCAAUGCAUCAUCUAACAAUGAAACCAUCGCGUUCGUCUGUCUCGGUUUUGCAGGAAAUGUACCAUAGUCCACAGGUCACUACAGCACUCACACUAACGAUUGCGUAUCUGGUGCUUCUUCGCAAGUACAAGGCCAUCGGCUGGCUCUUGUAUUUGCAAGUCGGUGUGACGCUACAGUGGGGAAUUGCACUCUACCAAUUGGCACGCAUUAUUUUGUCCAUGUCGUGCUAUUUUACCGUGAAGUUUACAAAAAUGAUGCUUGUGCUUUUUCGAUGUGGCUAUGCAAACUUCUUUGACGUACGCAACCGACAGGCUACAGCACUGCGACAGCUUAUGACAACUGCACCGACAUACGCAGUGUGGAUGGAGAUGGCCGAGUAUUUGGAUUCUUUGGAGGGCAAAGACCAUUGGAAAACCUCCAUAUCUGACGACGAUUUGGAGUAUUGCGACUUCGUCCAGGUGCAAAAGAAUUUGUCGGCUCUUAAACGUGUUAUGGGUGAAGCAAGGCCUAAUAUUAGAGAACUUGGAUACAUGAUGGCUGCUUGCGUGAUGCGCAAUGAGCUGGGAGUGGAUUCGCCAAGUUUGCACCUUGAUUGCAAGUCUGGCACCAAAAGUGUGAUCAAAGAGUACAACGAUGCUGUUGUACGUGCUUUGGAGAUAAUAGGCAACUCGAGCGAAGAGGAGUUUCCGCGUGAGGAGAAAAUUCAGUUCUUCAAGCACAUCAAGCAAUCAUUCGGCUCGACGGCGCUGUGUCUUAGUGGUGGUGGCUCCAUCGCCAUGUAUCACAAGGGCAUUAUUAAGGCGCUACUUGAAGCUGACCUUAUGCCGAAUAUCGUGUCUGGUUCCUCAGGCGGUGCAAUCACAGCGGCUAUGGUUGCCUGUAAAACGAACAAAGAGCUGCUUGACGACAUUAUCCAAGAUGACGUCUCCACCCGAUUCAUUCCUCUCGGAAUCCGCUGGUUCCCACCCCUGCUCGAUCAGAUCACACACUGCAUCAAGACGGGAUUUUUGCUCGAGUGCUCGAGGUUUGAACGCACGACUCAGCACUACUACGGUGAGCCGCUAAAUGAAAUGCAGAAGGCAAUGCACUACACAUUCCAGGACGCCUACCUCAAAACGGGUCGUCACGUGUGCAUCACUGUCUCAGCUUCAGAUGUCAAUCGUGCUCACAAAGGUCCCAAGAAGCUGAUAUUGGACCAUGUCAACUCGCCUCACGUUUUGCUUUGGAGUGCAGUAGCCUGCUCAUGCUCUCUACCCGGCAUCAUGAAGGGCAAGCAGCUCAUGGCGCGUGACUUUGACGGCAAUGUCGUUCCGUACAACUCGCUGGGCAAAGAAUGGUGUGACGGCAGUCUUCAGCAUGACUUGCCCAUGGAGACAAUGGCCAGCUGCUUUAACGUGACAAACUUCAUUGUGUCACAGGUGAACCCGCACGUUGUGCCUUUCGUGGGGGACGAGAUCAACCAGCCUGGCUACCGCAAGAGCAUUUUCCACAUGUUAGAAAGUGUUAUUGCUGCUGAUGUGCGCCAUCGCCUCAAGAUGCUGGCGUUCCUGGGUCUUUUUCCUAAGAUCUAUGGUCACCAGUUCAGUGCAUAUUUCCGACAGAAUUUCUCUGGCAAUGUGACUCUCAUUCCCGAGUUUUCGUUCCAAGAGGCGAUCGGCGUCAAGGCUAUCCAGAACCCCACAAAGCAAGAAAUGCACAACUACAUCAAAGGCGGACAGCGCACUACGUGGUCGAAACUGGCCUAUAUUCGCCACCUGUGCAGUAUCGAGAAGUGUCUUGAUCGCCAGCUCCAUCGUUUGCUGGGAGCUUCUAUUGCUCCGUACAGCAACUGGCUGCACCCGGACUCCAUGGAGCUAUAG